AUGACCGAUGAGAGCUCAAGUGCCAGUGGGAAGCAAAAGCUCUUUACCUACACAGGAAUGCUUUUGGUUGGCUUGAUGAUAUCACAGGCAGCCGCAGGCCACCUGAGCGUUACUCAAUAUUCCAUGUAUGGCCGAGUGGUUGGGCUCUUGACAAUGUUUUCCUUGUCGUUCCUGAUGGUCGGUGUGGGCCAUGAGUUCGUGAUUGAGAGAAGUAAGCUUGGGACAUAUGCACGGGACUACAUUGUUGCCAUGUCAGCAGCCGGUCUACCUUGGAUUUUUGUUGCCCUUUGGUUGCACUUUGCUUUGCCCAACUCAGGCCUUGCCUGGGGCUCAGCUUUGUUGAUGGCCAGAUUUGCAGCACCAACUAGUGCGGGCAUUCUCUUUAAUAUGCUGGAAGCUGCUGGCUUCAAAGAAACGUGGUUGUUCAAGAAAGCCCAAGUCCUUGCAAUCUUUGAUGACCUCGAUACAAUCCUGCUGAUGAUACCGUUAAAGAUGUAUUUGGUGGGCUUCAAAUGGGAGCUCUCAAUCGAUGCGGUCUUUGUCACUACUUGCUUGUUGCUUGCAUGGCAGAAUCUUCAUCAGAUUCGGCUUCAGAGCUCAUGGAGGUGGACGAUGAUGUACUCCGCCUUGAUCACCGCAGCUUGUGAAGGUCUUUGCUUUUACACGAGCGGACGGGUUCACAUAGAGGUCCUGCUCCCGGCCUUCGUCAUUGGUGUCAUUGCGAUCUCCUUGGGACUUGGCAUGCAAGGACCUGCCGUGGCCGUUGCAGUUCUCAGCCUGGCGGCCAAUUUAGUCCUUUCAACUGGCUUCAUUAUGGCCAUCGACCGAUUGAUGCGGAAGCAGCUGCCCGGGACUGCAGAGCCUACUGGCAAACCUUCAGGGGCAGCUGCACUUUCCAGGAAGCAGUUGAAGCGACAACCAGGUUACCUGGUCAAUGGUGCAGCUAGAGGCCUCAGAGGACAGAACGUCAGAGGUGCCUACGCUGGCUUGGCACCGCUGCGUGUGAGCUGCACCUUUGCUGCAGAUCAGGUGGCAAGUGUGGCAAGCCUUCCUGAUAUGGCCAUGAAGGCCGUCAAUGAGCAGUGUAAAGCUGCGUUGACAUUGUUGAGAAGCUGUUCCAAAGCAGAAGAGGAGAAGCUUGGCAAGCGACACUGUGCGGAGAAAAUCUUGUUCGUCCAAGAGCAGCUUCGUUGUUGUCGUGAAAAAAUUGAGGCGACCAAGGUGACCGAGGCCUCAAUCGAGGGCCUCAAGCAGGCGGAGAAAGAGCUUCAGAGUUGCGCCCAAAAAUUUGGAGUCAAGCUGAAGCCACCAAAGGGGCUUUUUCCACGAGGCUUGCAACAAUUUCAGUACUUCCACGCUGUGGAUGCAGCAUCUGCUGAUCAAGGCCGAUGCAAGACCAGCAGUGCUCUCGAGCCCAGUGGAUUAUAA